AUGCCGUUUGCAACUCAAGGGGUAUUCUCGAACGACGUCCCUCUCUCGGCUGUGAGCGAGAAUGGGUCCCCACCCUUGGACGAAGAGCGAGGAACUGACGUCGAACAUGCACAUCGAUGGUCUACUCGAUCCGAUGAACAGCUGCGCUUCCCCCAGCAGAUGGCAAUGAGUGCUGCACCUGCUGCUCUAUCGCUAGCGUCAAUCGCUAUUCUUCAGCAAACUCCAAAACCUUACCCCCCUGGUGGCCCUGGGAUUAUUUUUGGCAUCAAUCGCUACCUCUGGUGCUUCGAUAUGGCUGUUCGCAGCUUCCUACUUCGUCAGUAG